UCGAGUAUUAAUAUAUACUAGUACUAUUAAUAGUAUCUAUAUUGCCUUGUUUUCACGGAAUCAUAGCGCCAUCAUGGGGUAACUAAUACUAGUAUUCAACAAUUAGGCGAGAUGAUUAGCCGCCUUCGCCGUUGUCGUCGUCGCUGCGCUUUCGCUUUUGAUUGACAAGCAUCGUAUACACCUUGGUAAACAUGUUGUUGCACGCGUUGUGUGGCAGCAAAGUGCUCUUGUCCACGCUAGUACUACUAGUACUAGUGUUGCCCAUAAGCACACCAAAGGCCUGCUCAAACACAGCGAGACAUUCAUCCUUGGGCAGCGCGGGGAUGCGGUCGGCCGACGCGACGAUGCCAUGGUCCACAGCCGUGUCAAUCACCUUUUGCACCACCGCCGCCGCCUUGCCCCGGGUCUUGAGCACGUAGUGGUGCUUGAUGUCGUCCUUGGUGAGCGUCCGGUACGGCCCGAUGCCGUGCGCGUGGUCGCCCACGUACCACAGUUCCCACAGCGACCGGCAAUUUGUGAUGGGGAACACCCAAUCUUCCGGUGCGCGGUGGAGGCUGCCGUCGGUCCAGGCAAAGUGGGGCGCCUUGGAGGACAGUCGUUGGGACGACGAGGAUGGCGGAGCCGGUUUGGACGUUGCCGAGCGUCGCUUCCUGGGAAUAAACCCAGGGGGGGUCGUGGAUGGUUUGGACCCUCCUUCUGCUGGCGACGGCGUCGUGGGAGUCGUCGCUGCCGCCGCCUUUCGCAUCGGGCGCAGGCGAGGAGUCGUGGUCGUGGUGGUCGCGUCGUUGAGAUUGCUACCAGCAUUCCGCAACGGCGCAGUGUCUGAGGUCGUUGGAGGCAUCACCGACGGAGGCGGCAGCGGCGGUUCGUUGGAAGGAUUCGCGGGGGCAGUUGACAUGGCGGCGGCGACGGCGGGAGGAGGGGCGUCGUCGUUGUCUCCAAACACGAGGGGUUUGAUGUCUGGCACUUGUGCGUCGUCCAACCGUGUCGACGCGAGUGGUUUCUGGGGCCCAACGAGGGGGGGGAGGCUAGGGGAGGGGGGGGACUGAUGCUGCUGCUUGUCCGUGGAUGGGACACCCAGCGACGUCGUGAUGGCACAUCGCAACGUUUCGGGCAAACUCUCGAGCAUGUCCAGUCGACGGUGCAUCACAGCGAGCGCGUCAUUCACGACCAUGGCUACCACCGACACGUUGUCUUCAAGGGCAAUGUGGAGCACAUUUGGAAGCCCUUGGAGUGUCGUUUCCAGCGGCUCUAGGCGAGAUUGCAGCAGAGCAUUCACAUCCAACGGCGGGGACUCCUUUAAGCUGACCGUUCGAGCCAGUUCAGUCAUGUGACGAUUGAGCAACUCCUGCACCAGCGUUUGCAAAUUCGUCGACGAGUUGGCCCAUUGGUGGGGAAGGUCGUCCAUGUGGGUGCGCAGACCUUCCAGCGGUCCCGCGAGGCGGUCGGUCGCGUUUUCGAUGGACUUGAGCCGGUCAUGCACGGAGACCAUGGCCUGGUCCACGACAUCGCCCACGUCCGCCGCCGCCACCACGUCCUUGAUCGCAUGAUGCAGUCGCUCUGGAAGGAGCUGGAGCUGAGAUUCCAGCGGCAUGAAUCGCCCGUGGAGCUGGUGCACCAGAUCGUCUUCAAUCAGGCGCUGCAACCGGUCCGGGAGGCACCCGACUUGCUUUUCUACGUUCUCCAAUCGCGCGUGGAUGUACCCGAGCGACUCGUCGUUCCCGUACGAACCGCGGCCGCCGUUGUAGUUGCCAAACUUGCCGCCGAUGCCGCCCACUGCCAACGCGACGCGGUCGGGAAGGCUGCGGCCUUGCGAUUCCAAUGUUUCCAACGUCCGGUGCAUCACCGACAGCGAUUCUUCGGUCCGAGCCAGCAUCGACGCAUGGUGCCGCUGUGGGUCCAGGGAAUGCACGUGCAGCGGAGACGACUUGUGGUCCAUCAAUCGACUUUGCAACUGACGCAGCAACGAAUCCACGCGCUCCGGCAAGAUCUUGACCUGCGUCUCGAGGGUGUCCAACCGACGAUGUAUCGCAGGCGUGAUCUUGUCCGGGAGCGCCUGGGUCUGCGUUUCCAGCGACGCCAAACGCUCGUGGAUAUACCGGAGGGUGUCCUGCAUGUUGUGCAUAUUGCCCAUGGACGAGUCGUCUGACGCAGGGGACGUGUUCGGACGUCGCAACGUCGACGACGUCUCCAUGGAGCCAAGGCGCCUGCGCAUCUCGGUCGGUGUCUCGUACGACGAGCGUGAGAUCUCGUCCUCCACAACAGGAGCAGGGCCACGGGGGCUGCUGUCGGCGGAAUGUCUCUCGAGCGCGUCCAUCCGGCGGUUGAACCGGUCAAACUUGUCGUCCAGCAUGCGGAAGCGAGCGUCCUGUGCGUCGAGGAUCAGCUCGAGCUUCUCGUCGAUGGUGCGGAACAUGGAUUCCACAGAUCUAGGGUGGUUCUCCGAAGGGAGGAGGGACGGUUGCUGCUUCAUGGCGGCGAUUUCGAUCGCGCGGCGAAGGUCCUCCUUCCGCGCUUCCAUAAAAAUCCUCGUACCGAAAUUCGAUCGUUGAACUGGC